AUGGUUGAACCAGCAUUGCAGGAAUCUUUUAAACUAAAGUACAAAUCUUGGGUCCUUGACAACCACGAUAUCAAAAGGAAAUUCACGCUCUCCAACUUCAAAUACCAUUCGAGGAUAAGGCCGUUCGAGUGCUGGGUCCCGAUCGGGUUGACUACAGACUGGAAUGAGAUCCAGUUCAGCCUGGCCGAUCUGACGAGGAAGGCGUACGGAACCGAAUUCGUCGAGUGCACAAGGGUGCACAUACAUGCCAACUGUCGCCUCAGGAGGCUCUACUUUGCAGACAAAGUCUAUAACGAGUCCGAUCUUCCCAAGGACUACAAACUCUACCUGCCUGAUGUCCAUCAUUGA